AUGUACCUCUCUUAAAAAACUUAAUUACGAUUAGCUAACUUAAUUACUACUAUUGCUGAAGGGGAGAAGAAAACAGAAACUUAUAGACAAGUCCUAGCUGAACAAAGCUUGUUUGAACCCUACACGGCAUUCAAAAGAUUAGAUUAAUAAAAGGCUGGAGAUUUAACAAUUGCAGAUAUAGGUUAUUUUUUAAAUGAAAACAAAAUAAAUGCAUCUAUUGCUUAAGCUGAUUAUUUGUUUAGGAAAUUAGAUUAGAACAGAGAUGGUAGAAUCACAUAUCCAGACUUUGUUAUGUUCAUCCUCCCUAAAGAAGAUUCUAGGUUGAGGCAUAUUGUUUCACAAAGAGAGCACUACUCUGUUAAAACUAAUAGAUUUUUACCAGCUGAAGUCGAAUGGGGACUUUCUAAAGUUCUCCACUAAGAAAUCUAAAAUUAUAAUUCAAUUUCAGCUGCGUAAGAAAUUUUGACUGGAAGUGCUGAUUUCACAUCUCUUGAUGCUUUUCGAUGCAUAGACCAAGCAUAAUUUGGAUAUAUUACAAUUGAAGCACUUUAAGAUUUCUUGAAACAAAAUGGAGUUAGGUUGUCCUUUGACGAUUUACUUGCUUUUUUCAGAGUGGUUGAUAAAGACGCUGAUGGAAAAAUCAAUUAUUCUGAAUUAUUAGAAGCAAUUACUUUUACACCAGAUUAUUUUUAAAAAGAGAGAUAAUUGACAGAUUAAUUAAGAAGGAGUAGAGAAAGAAUAAUCCAAUUGGAAAAAGAAAAUGAAGAAUUUACUAAUCUCCAAAGAAGCAGAGAAAGAGUUGAAGAGCUUAAGAAAAGUAGAGAAUAUUUAGAGGAACUUAAAAAGAGUAGAGAAAAAGUUGAAUAAUUAGAAGAGUUAAGAGAUAGUAGGGAAAGAUUGGAAGACCUCAAAAAAAGUAGAGAAAGAUUAGAGUAACUCAAAAAUAGUAGGGAAAGAUAAGAAUACCUAAAAAAUAGUGGAGAAAAAGGAUAUGAUUUAAAAAAUAGCAGAGAAAAAUUAGAGGAUUUACAGAGAAGUAGAGAAAUAUUAUAUGAAUUAAAAUCAAGUAGAGAAAGGUUAAAUUAAUUAGAGGAUUUGAAGAAAAGUAGGGAAAGGAUGGAGUAAAUAGAAGAAUUGAAAAAAAGCAGAGAGAGGCAGAUUUAGAUUGAAGAAUUAAGGAAAAGUAGAGAACGUCUUGAAGAUCUAAGGAAGAGUAGAGAAACGCUUAUGCAAUUGGAAUAAGAGAGGAAUAAUUCUGAUAAAAUGGAAGAGCUGAAAAAAUCUAGAGAGAGGAUUGAAGAGCUUUAAAAAUAAAGAAAAAAUUUGGAGGAAUAGAGAACUUAUUAGGAGAGGCUAGAAUAGCAAAAGAAAGAAAGAGCUGAAGUGGAUUUGAGAAGAAGUUAAGAAAAAUUAUCAGAUUUGAAAAAGAGUAGAGAGAGAGUAGAUUAGUUGGAAGCCUUAAGAAAAAGUAGAGAAUAGGAACGUAAUAUAGAAGAGAUGAGAUAGAGUAGAGAAAGAAUAGAAUAGCUUAGGGAGUCUCAACUGAGAAUAUAACAAUUAGAAAAUUAGCGUAGAAGCUUAGAGAGGAGUAGAUAAUUAGAGAAAAUAGAAAGAGAUUUAGAUUAUGAAAAGAAAAGAAGUUAGGAGAGAAUACAAAGAUUAGAAUUGGAGGCUGAACUUGAAAGAAAAGAGAGAGAGAGAGCUUUAGAAGAGGAGAUCAAUUUUGUUUAGAGUCGAAUUUACGAUACACCAAAGAGAAGAUAUUGA